AGGGGAGAGGGGGCGAACCCACACCGAGCUUUCUGAUUGAACGGGUGGUGCGGGCGCGCUGCUCUCUGGGCUGGGACGGGACGAGACUCCCCGGAGAAGAUCCAUGGAUCAUAGGCCGUUUAAAGAGAGGCGCGGCGUGGAUGUGAGGAAGGCCGAAGCGGACAGCAUCCGCAGCAAGUUCCCGAACAAGCUGCCGGUGAUAGUGGAACGCUACGCCAAGGAGCGCUCACUGCCCCAGCUGGACAGGUCCAAGUACCUGGUGCCUCUAGAACUCAGCAUGUGCCAGUUCACCAUUAUCAUCAGGAAUCGAAUGGCGCUCUCCUCCAAGCAAGCCUUCUACCUGAUGGUGCACAACCAGAGCGUGGCCAGCACGUCCCUGACCAUGGCGGAGAUCUACGAGGAGUUCAAGGAGGAGGAUGGCUUCCUCUACGUGACCUACGCCUCGCAGGAGAUGUUCGGCAGUCUGGGCCUGACGGGGAGGACGAGUCCCUCGGGCUGAGGGGUGUUAACCCGGCCGCUGCCUCUCUGUGGCAAGGUUUUUAUUGUAUUCUCUUCCCUUGGAGAUGCUCGCUCUUGCUGUCCACUGAUAUCUUCCCCGGAGGUAUUAAACGUGCACUUAAAUCUC